CCCUGGAGCCCGGCCAGGCGGGUGCGCGGCUGCUGCGAGGGCGGCUCUCCGGCACCAUGCCGUCCCCGUUCUCCGUCACCUCGUUCCCAGACAGCAUCCCCGCCGUCAUCAUGCAGACAGACUGGACCGAGCCGUGGCUGGUGGGGCUGGCAGUCUUCCACGUGCUCUGCCUGCUGCUCACCUGUGUCUCCUCCCAGAGCUACAGACUGCAGGUUGGGCAUUUCCUGUGCCUCGUGCUCCUGGUCUACUGUGCGGAGUACAUCAACGAAGUGGCCGCCAUGAACUGGAGCCGCGUCCGUCGGCGAGCCCACGAGCCUCAGCCCGCCUGGAUCCUGCCUCACCACGCCCCACGCAGCCGCCUGGCUGUGUUCUUCCCGUUUCUCGUCCAUGCCCCCGUGUCUUUGUGCGAGGGUCACCACCCGGAGCGUGUGACUGGCGCGCUGUGA